AUGGUAUCAGCAGUAGCACGCAUAGCCGCGUGCGCAGCCAGCAACACGUACAGCCGCGAGCAGGCAGUGCGCACAGCAACAGCAGCUGCGACCGUGCGCACCAACGCACGCGCACGAGCAGCAGCCGCCGCCACGCGCGCAACACCUGCCGCCGCGAGCACAGCAGCACCCGUCGCCGCGAGCGCAGCAGCCGCCGCCGCUAGCCCUGCAGCCGCCACAGCACGCCACUGCAUCCCCUACCCGCGUCCCGCCCCGUCACGUGCUGCGCCCUGCCCUGCUGCCUGCGCGUAG